AUCAAUGUCGCCUUUUUAUGACGUCACUAGCGACGGAGACGGUCCACAUGUGAAAACUGCAAGGGCCAAAAAUCAACAUAACACACUAUCCGUGUCAUUUUGUUUUACAGCUAUGGAUGCUCUACCGGCAGACGUCAAGGCUUUCCUUCUUAAUCACCCUUUCCUUGAGCUGACCGACGGCCAAAAGAUCAAGUGCACACUGAACGGCCAUGAGUUUCCAUGUAACCUGGAAGAGCUGCAGAAUUUCAUCAAAGGGAAGAAAUAUCAGAAACUGAGCUCCCAAGCGGAGUUUAACUACAACCAGUAUGAGCCACACAUUGUGCCAAGCUCGAAACAACCCAAUCAGCUCUUCUGCAAGCUGACCCUCAGACACCUCAACCGACAUCCACAGCAUGUUUUAAAACACGUCAAUGGGAAACGCUACAAGAAGGCCCUCGCCAAAUAUGAGGAAUGUGUGAAGCAGGGGAUCAAAUUCAUUCCCAUCAGUCUCCAGCACAAAAGGCCAAAGUGUACAGAUGACGACGUCUCCCCUGGGCGCACCUCCAAACACGGCGCGUGGGAGCCGCCUUCCAGCGACAAAGACUGCAGCGAUUCGGAAGACAGCAUGAGUGACCUCUACCCCCAAUGUAUGUUCCCGUUGAAGAACUCCGCAGAGGAAAACAUGGAAGCGAAUGAAGAUGACUUCCAAACAGAUGAAGGUGAAGAGAUGGAGGUGGACACACAGGCGGUGCAGAAACGUAAAAAGGUCCAGGGUGGCGGCUUCCAGAAGAAAUUCAAGUGGAAAGGCCAGAAUAAGAAAUCAGCAAAAGUCCAAAAUGGAAAGUAAAAGAUUCCUAACUUUAGAGGUUUGAUUGUCUUGUUGCACAUUUUGUGAAGAAAAUACAGAACAGUUUGCAAAAA